AGCCGUUUGGACCAAAAGACGAUUCUUAGGGAGUACUGCAAGUUGCUUUGGAAAGAUAUUGACUCAAGUCGUGCCCUUUCCACUAGCGAUCCAUCUCUGCAGGAUGGGUUGGGUGCUCCUUACAUUGUAAUGGCUACUUCAAGGGUGGUUUUGCGACGUUGCAACUCGCAUUGUAAUGGCUGCUUCAAGGGUGAUCUUGUGAUUGUUUGCUGCGUUCAUUGCAUGGUGUUUUGCAACUGGUGGAGUGCUUCUCGCAUUGAUUCUUUUCUGUAUGGAAAUAUAACGAUAAACUCAAUGGGCCAGGGGCUGGGGAAUAUGCAGGUACCAUCGCCAACUUCAGCUGAGGCUCCAGAUCGCACCUGAUUCUCAUCAUUCGCGUUGUGGGUGUCAACAAAAAGAGGCAGAGCAGAAGUUGAGUGGCAAGACUGCCCGGCCCAGGGAUUUUUAGCUGGGUCUCGGGUGAAGCGCAGAAGGAGGCCAUCGAAAUCAACCAGGCAUCAUGUGGCGCAUCUUGGCAACCUUGUUGUUCACCGCGGUGGCGGAGUUCACCCCGGACCAGUUGGAUAAGAUGGCGGAUUCUGUCCAAUCUUCCGCAGAGUCGUUGCAGGACAAGGUGGAGUCUUGGAAGAAUGCCAUCCUGCCCCUGUCCUCCUAUAUCCCGACGUUUGGCAGCCAAAUGAUGGCGGCUGCCGAUGAGGAGCAAAAGGCUGCAAUUCAGAAGCAGUUUAAGGCCAACAUGACAAAGAUGUGCAAGGACGUGCUCUCUUUGAGUGAGGUCGAGGCUCAAGUGUCCAAAGCCUCCGCUGACGCCAGGGAGACAGUCACCAAGGUCGAGGCUCAAAUGGUGAUGGCCCAGCCGAAUGACCCCGCCUACCAGCACUACUUGGACCAAGUCCAAAAAUCCAUCACCAGCCUGGAUGCUACAGCCACCUCCGCUGCGAUGUACACUUCAAUGAAACCAACUUGCCAAGCCCAGGCCCAUGUGGCAGCAGCCACCAGGUUGUUUCUCGAGAAGCCAGAAGUUGCCGGCUCCAAAUUUCAUCUUCCCUCAGCUUUGCUGGGAGCCCUUGGUGCUACCGUCAUUGGAUCUGCUUUGGUCCUCUUCCGCACCAAAGCCUCCAGUCGCUCCCAGGUGGCGUUGAUGGAGGAGGGCAACUUGGAGUGAUCGCCGAGCUCGUGGCAGCUGCUCAUAGCUGCUCCUGAUGGACAAACGUUUCGUCAGAGAGUUGCAGAUUGGUUGAACCGAGCCACGCUCCAGGUUCAGUGACUGAUAUCCUUUCAACUCAUUCGCCUGCAACUUCCGUCAUUUCCAGUGGUUCA